GCCGUAUCUGGUCAGAUAAACUCAAAUCAAAAAACCAAAAUGAAAUUCUUUAUUGUGUUCGCUUGCUUGUUCGCCAUUGUGUUGGCUAACGAAGACGCAGAAGUCUUGAAAAACGAAUCGGAAGUCAACCCAGAGGACUUCCACUAUAUACUCGAACUCGAUAACAGUAUCAAAGCCGAACAAGCGGGUAGCUUACAAGGUAAGGACACGUGGGUUGUGACCGGCCAAUAUGAACAUCUAACACCAGAGGGCAAAACUGUUAAAGUAGCUUACAAAGCUGAUGAGACUGGAUAUCAUCCACACGUCGAUACCAUUAGUUUCGUGAUUGCCUUGCUGCUUGAUAUAACUUUGGCGAGGCCUCAGGGUCCUACAUCAGAACCGAUACCCAUCAUACGACAAGAACAAGAGGUCAACUUCGAUGGUUCAUACAAGUAUUCUUAUGAGACCGGUAACGGCAUACAAGCAGAAGAGGAGGGAUAUUUGAAAAAUGCUGGCUCUGAAGCGGAGGGACAGUCAGCACAAGGCUCCUUCUCUUAUACUUCACCUGAAGGUGUGCCCAUACGCAUUACUUACCUAGCUGAUGAAAAUGGUUUCCAACCGCAAGGUGAUCAUCUACCCACACCACCACCAAUUCCGCCAGCUAUACAAAAGGCUCUUGCCUAUUUGGCCACCGCACCACCGCCACAGGAUCAAACCAACUCAUUUGCGGGCAACCGAAGGGGUUAGAGUUCAUGUGAUCAAAUAGCUGUGAAUUCAAAAUACCGAAAAUAAUACGAGUUAACAACAACACUCAACCAAGGGCGAAAGCAACUACACACACACACGUUUGCUAUUUUAUGGUGUUGAGAGAGAGCGGAACUGAGGGCGGAGAAAUGUAAAAUUGAGUGAUUGUUUAGAGAUUAUCAGAAUAAAACGCAAUUAUACUUACGAUUAGAUAA